AUGUCCUCCCCAUUGAAGAACAUCGCCAUCGUCGGAGCCAGCGGCAGCAUUGGCAAGAUCAUUCUUGCUGGCCUUGUGGAAUCCAAGGUCUUCAAUGUCACCGUCCUGACUCGCUCCUCCAGUGACACGACCUUCCCUGCCGGCAUCGCCGUCCGCAAGUCCGACUUUUCCAGGGACGACCUGCUGCAAGCCUUUAUUGGACAGGACGCUGUGAUCUCUGCAGUGGGCGCGGCUGGGUUUGCGGACCAGAAGAAGCUCAUCGACGCCGCCAUUGAUGCCGGCGUUUCCAGGUUCCUGCCCUCUGAGUUCUCGGCAGACAGCCUGAACGACGCUGUCCUUGGCCUGCUUCCUCUCUUCGGUCAGAAGAAAGAGGUCAUCGAGUACCUGAAAUCCAAGCAAUCUGAUUCCUUUACUUGGACUGGAGUGGCCACUGCUCCCCUGUUCGACUGGGGCAUUAACAAUGGUUUCCUUGGCUAUGAUAUUGCCUCUCGCUCGGCCACAAUUUGGGAUACUGGUGACAAAAAGUUCACUGCCACCAAUGAAAAGCAGCUGGCCGAUGCUGUUGUUGCGGUCUUGAAGCGUCCUCAGGCUACAGCCAACCAGUACCUCUACAUCUCCUCGGUCGAGACGACCCAAAAGAAGAUCCUCACUGCCUUGGAGAAGGCAACCGGAGCUUUAUGGACUGUCCAGAAGACGACCACCAAUUCUGAAGUCAGCGAAGCCACCAAGAAGCUCCAGGCGGGUGAUUUCAGCGGUGCUCUUACCCUGGUCCGCGCCACCACUUACGGCGAGAUCCCUGGGUUGGGCUCUAACUAUGCAACUGAUAAGGUCCUCGCAAAUUCACUGCUAGGAUUGAAGGAGGAAAGCGUCGAAGAGACCAUCCAGAGAGUUGUUGCCAAGCUGAAUUCUGCUUAA